AUGCGGAUCCACUUGUGUCUAGACACAUGCUCCUCCGCCAACUGCGCCAACGCCACCCACCAGUCAACCGUCUCACUCCCCAAGCUACGGCCACAUAAACAACAACAACAACAACAUGCAUCAGAUUCAAGUAGCUCCUCCACCGGAUCCGAUGCACUCACUUCCACAACCUCUCAGGACAGCACUGCCUCCACCACCACCACUCUCUACAGCGACCUCUCCAUACAGACCCUCCCAUCCCUUCCUUCUCUCCAAAAACUCUCUCCACAAACCCUAAGUUUCUCUGUCUCCCACCAUUGCCUCAUCUCCCUCACACCUCACCCCUCUCUCCCUGUAACCUCCCUCGCCGUUCAAGAUAACCUCCUCUACGCCGCAACCGGCCACGAAAUCAACGUCUACGAUCGUCACACAUGCACCAACCUCUAUAGCUUCAAUGCCCAAGGCACGUCCUCUGGAUCCAUCAAGGAUAUUACCUUCUGCAAAGGCAUGAUCUUCACCACCCACCAAGACUGCAAGAUCCGCGUGUGGCAGCGCCACUCACAACACAACCACAACCACAAGAACCACCGCAUGUUAACCACUCUUCCCACCGUCAACGACCGUCUACGCCGUUUUCUCCUACCCAAAAACUAUGUCACCGUGCGUCGCCACGAGAAGCGGCUCUGGAUUGAGCACGCCGAUGCUGUCACGGGCCUCGCCGUUACCAACGGCGUUAUAUAUUCCGUUUCGUGGGACAAGACUCUCAAGAUAUGGCGGGUGUCUGAUCUUCGUUGCGUGGAGUCCGUGAAGGCUCACGAGGACGCCGUCAACGCGGUUGCAGUAUCCAAUGAUGGUACCGUGUACACUGGAUCCGCAGACAGGCGAAUACUGGUUUGGGCGAAACCCGUUGGGGAGAAACGGCACGUUCUGGUGGCGACGUUGGAGAAGCACAAGUCCGCGGUGAAUGCGCUGGCCUUAAACGACGACGGUUCGGUGCUGUUUUCGGGUGCGUGCGAUCGUUCCAUAUUGGUAUGGGAGAGGGAGGACAGUGCGAAUCAUAUGGUGGUGACUGGGGCUCUGAGGGGGCACCAGAAUGCGAUACUGUGUUUGAUCAACGUAUCUGAUUUGCUUCUGAGUGGCUCGGCUGAUCGGACGGUCAGGAUUUGGAAGCGGGGUUAUGAUGGAAUGUUCUGUUGCCUUGCUGUUCUCGCCGGUCACCGAAAACCGGUGAAGUCCUUGGCGGCAAUUCCAGAGUCUGAUCAAACUUCCUCAAACGGUGCCGUUUCGAUUUUCAGUGGUUCCCUUGACGGUGAGAUUAAGGUUUGGCAGGUUUCUAUCACGAGUCAGUCCACACAUGAUCGAUAA